UAUAAAGUCAAUAAACCUACACCACACCUACAGCAUGGAGGCAGAAGUUGAGUUUCUGCGAGAUCAAGUCCACAGGUUAAAUUCUGCUCUCAGCCAGUAUCAACAUGGGCACCGCACUCAGUCCACAUCAUCUCAGGUUGAGGAGGCAAGACCAGCAGAGUCUCCUGCUCCCUGGAUCUCUGAUAGAAGUAUAAUGGCUCCUCUGAUAGCUGAGUAUGACCGGCACAUGGAUGAAAUGACUGAACAGCUGCAGAAAUACCAGGUGUCGAUGGCAGAAGUCAAAGUGAAGUUGGAGAGGCUCGUCAAGGAGAACGAAAGACUGCAUGCAGAGCUGAGGGAGUCUGUGGAGAGGCAGCUUCACGCCCUGCCUGUGGCUUCAGGAGUGGAGGGAAGCACACUGGAGGAGGAGGCAGUCAUUAGAAACCUUAAAGAGCAGGUCCAGCUGUCUGAAAAGGAACGGCUGCAGGCCAUGGAGCUCUGGCAGACAGCAGCACAGGAGCUGGACCGCCUCAAGCAGGUCUAUCAGAAGACGGUCUCUGAUGGACAGAUCCACGACGCUCAGAGGCAGCAGCUCAAGGAUCAGCUUGUUCAGUUCCAGCAACACACGCACAAACUCCAAGUGGCCAAUCACAAACUGGAAUCGACGAACCAGCAGUUCCUGAAGACGGUGACGGAGCAGAGCACGGAGAUGGAGGAGCUACACAGCCAGCACAGGCAAACCAAAGCUGAGCUGAGGACAGCCACAGCCAAAGUGGACGAGAUGACCAAACUUCUGCAGAGUGUACAGGAGCAGAUACAGAGACGGGAUGAAGACGUGGCAGAGGCUCAGGGCCGAGAGGAGGCAGCAGACAGACGACUCCAACAGCUUCAGUCAGCCUUGAGCCAGCUGGAGGCCAGACUGAAAGCUGCAUCUCAGGAGGCAGAGGCGGUGCGCAGAGAGCAAAAUGUGUGGGAGAGAAAGGUGGGAGAACUCCAGGCACGUUGCAGCACCCUAGAGGAGGAGAAGUACGAAGCCCUGGCCAAAGUCCGAGAGAGCGUUCAGGUGGCUGAGGAGGCUGCACUGCAGAAGGACCAGGCCCUGUUAAGAGAGAAACAGAAGACAGAAGAGCUGGAGAACACAAAGGAGGCCAUCAAACAUUUGAUCCAGGAUGCUGCAGUUCGCACCAGGAAAGAGGUGGAUAAUGUGCGUAAGCAGUGCAACGUUCAAAUCCAUCGCAUGGCCGAGGAGCUGUCUGCGCUGCAGCUGGAGUGUGCAGAUAAAGAGUCUCAGAUUGAAAGGUCCCUGCGAGAGAGGAAAGCUGUAGAGGAGGAACUGGAGAAGGUGUAUAAAGAGGGCAGAGCAGAGCCAGAAUUCAGGAAGAUGGAUGCCCUUCAUCAGAGGUGUCUGGAUGCAGAGAGGAUGAAGGACGAGAUGAGCAUCACUCUGCAAAGCACCCAAAACAAACUAAAAACCAUAGAAAUGGAUUACAGUGAGGAGCUAUCCCGGUGCCAGGAGGAAGUGCGGCGGCUGCAGGGCGCUCUGGCUACAGCCCGGGAAGACUGUGUCGGUGUCAGUGAGGAGCGACUCCAACUGCAACAGGAGAACUUGCAGCUCCGCAGGGAGAUGGAUGAGCUGCGGAAAGCCACGCUGCUGGUCCAAAAGAAGGCCAAACAACAGGUGUCACAGAUGGAGCAGGAGUACAGUCUGAAGGAGACGGGACUUGACGCACGGGUGAGGGAAAUGGAGGAAAGCAGCCGAAGCUCGAGCGCCGAUCUGACACGCCUCCUGGCAGCACAGCAGAAAAGUACUCAGCGCUGGAAGGAAGAGGCCAAGAACCUGGUUCAGGCCUUUGAAACAAAAAUUGCGAGCCUCAAAGCAGAGUUGAAUCGCCAGAAGCAACGUUCACAUGAGCUAGAGAUACAACUGGAAACUAACCACAACGCAAUCGCUGAGUAUGAGAGGCAGCUAGCGGAGUAUCAAGAGAAGACUAGUCGUCUCCAAAGAAGACUGACACAGGCUGAACAAAGAGCAACUACUGCUACACAACAGUUGAGCAUGUUGGCGUCCCAGCGAAGGAAAACAGCCAUGGCUGAUCCAGACUCUAUAUAAUGGCGACUGUCACAGUGCUAUAGGAAUAAAUAAUGUAGCCUUAACAGUAAAACACUUUGCUGUUUUUGUCAGUGUGAUAUCAACAUUGUGGCCAAAGGCAUCAGACAGAAAUGGUUUUGUCUGAUUGAAUGGCAACAAGUCCCAAUUUCAAUGUUGCCUGGUGCACUCUAUAUAUAA